GAGGAAUGAAAGUACCCCCAUGCCCUUUUUGAAAUGUUGCCGAGGUGUUCAAUAGAUCCGUUGUAAAUGAUGAACAAUUGAGAUACUCUUAUCCUGUCCCUUUUAUCGUCCAUAUAGCAUGUUUUUCUUGUCAAAGAUAAACUCUCCUUCGUCACGAUCGUUCGAUAUGUGCCGUUUGAGAAAUUAUUAUCCAACAUAGAAUGUGAUAGUAUAAUUUACAAUAUAUUUUCAAAUUUCAAUGUGAAAAAAUAUUUCACAUUUUAAGGGAUUGAGUAACGUAAUGAUACCAAAAGAAUCUUCAUCUCUACCCUCUGUGUGUGUAGUUAUUCUCUAUGUUCGAUUAUUGUUCGUAAUCAUUGUAUAAUCUUUUGUCUGUCGAAUAAAAGUUUGCUUUUCUAAAUAUAUGACUUUUUGCCGACGAAAGUCUAAGCCGCUUGUCACAUAAAAGCUACAUUAUGCGGCUGUAAAAGGAGAAAAAGAAAAAAGAAUAAGUUACAGGUAAAAAUUGAUUCGUACUCAGUCGAGGAACAGCGUAAAAAACAGCGUAAAAAAAGUAUUUUCGAUACUCUUCGAGAGUCAUUCCGAGUCCAAAUUACAUCCCAGGGGAGAAGAUAGGAAUAGAUAAAUGUAAAUAAGAUAAAUUCAAUGAGUAGAGAUUCCCUGGGACGAAAGAAACGAGCAGGCAAGCAGGAUAAAGGAAGAAUCGUUUGUAAAUACAUAGAUGAUAGAUGCUCGCGAGACCUUUCCGGUCCUCGGAACGACUCCUUCGGGCGUGACCUUGACCUCGACCUCGACCCUCGUACCCGUGCCUCCCAAGUACUAGCACCCUUGACCAGCACCGAGUACAACCCUCUUCUACUCCCUGGUGACGAGGAGGAAACCCUCUACGAUAGCCGUGGACAACGGACUCAACGCAAGUUCGCUGAUGAUUUUGCGAAUGAGGUCGCCUCAACGACACGUCGUUUCAAGGCUAAAGUGGCAGCGAUGGAACUCGAUCAGGAAAUGGACGCCGCACUCAAUAAGAAAAUCGAGGAGACUGACUCGACGUUUAACAAGAAACGUUCAAAGCUUUUAUCUUCCAUCGGCGAUGAGAUUGAGAAACAACCUUCCGCCUCUUUGACCAAAUGGUCCAAGUUGAUAAACGACAACGAAGAGGACUCGAUGCUCUCUGGUGCGGCUGCUACUCGAGCCAGGCAAACAAAAGCACGUCUCGACGAUCUCGAGACCGAGAUGGAAGAGUUGGCCGAGAGACAAGCCAAGAGAGAACGCAGAGCUGCUGCUUUGAGGGCGCUCGUCAACGAGAGCAUCGCUUCUUCUACUCCUCCUUCUCCUCCUCUUAUUGACGAAUAUCAACGAUCCUCUGCCGCCCUCAGUAGCAGCAGUAAAAAGAUUUCCAUGCGUAACGAACGCACCGAAAAACAUGUCACCUUCUAGUUCUCUAUUUCAUGCUCUAUUCAUUGUGGUCACGAUGUUCUUCUUGCCUCACCUCUCCCGCUAAAAUUUUCCCACUUUACGAUACAAUAUUUUAGUCGAUUCUCUUUAUUUUACAUUGCUCAAAAUCGUCUUAAAUAUUAAUUAACACUUUUUAUUAUCACAAUUCUUUUAAUAUUUUACAGGAUACAGGUAGUAGUUUUCUCUUUUUUUUUCAUUCAUUUCAAUUAUUCGACUUAUCUCAAACAAAAGGACGGUUUAAUUGUAUUUCUUUUAAUUAAGUGACUAUAAAUAAAAGGAUUGUGCUCUAUGCAUAGCCAAUCAUGAGUUAUCUAUAACAAAAAAACUAUCAAUAUAUUACGUCACCAAAAGAUCAUUGUGACCAUCAUUCUCAUAAUCUUCAUUCUACUUAAGUAAUAUUUCACGAAAUUUUAUUGUUUCUGCGGGAAUACACAUCUACGUAAAAAAAAGACUAUUAAAUCGACUAUAUAUGUAUGUACUUUAGAAUACAUUGCAGUACAUAGUAAGUGUUCUUGUAAGGUUUAAACGUUAAGAAAGGAACUACUUCUAUGUCCGCACGCUACUGUAUAUAUCUUCUUUCUUUCUCGUUUACCAAUAAAUUUUGUUGUAAAACUUGAGAAA